GAAACAUCAUGGAAGGACGGCCCACCAGCAGCACCAGCAAGACGUGCGACGCGUGUCUUCGAGAAGACGACGAAGCAGGGUAUCGGCAGCUGAGGCCAAGGACCAUGAGCAUGUUGCGGGCUUUCGUUCGUAAUGCUGGACUGGCGGAGAAGUUCCCCGGCGUGAUGCCUCUUGGUGUCGGUAUAGAUUCCUUGGUUCUAUGCAAACGUGCUGAAUGUGUUUUGAAGCAAUACGACAAGCAUAUGUCGGACUUGUGUCACGACCGAGCGCGUAAGAAAGAGAAACGCAACCGUAGCGAAGCUGCAACUUGGACUUCCGCACCUGAGCCCGCAGUGCAUCUGAAACGGCGACACUUGGACCGCUACUGUACAUCGAUCGUGGCGGUGGAGGCGUUGCUUGAUGCUGUCAACGUCAGCGGCAGGGUGUUGGAUAUGUGUGGGGGGCCGGAUGAUGCCGUGGCACGGAGACUUCGAGACACGUGUGAGGUGGUAACGAACGACGUGAGUAGCAGCCUCGACGCAAGCAAGAGUACUUUCGCGGCGGAUUUCCUGGCAGACGGGUUUGAACAGCAACCUGAAUGGGUGGUGACAAGCCCCCCCUACAAGGGGGCUGUCAAAUUUGGGAAGGCGGCUCUAUCUGUAGCCAAACAUGGUGUGACGCUCAAACUACCCCUUUCCUUUCUGGAGCCUUGUGUAGAUCGGGCAGACUGGCUGGAGGCAAACCCCCCGACUGUUUGCGUGUUUUUAAGGAGGGCCAGCUACACGCCUGAGCACAUAAUGAUGGGGGAAUUUUGGGGGGUAUGGUACUGCACGGGUGGUGACCGAACGGCGGUGGGUGGUACAAAGCUUGUGUUCCGUGCUUGAUGUUGAACACGGUUGGGAUGUU